AUGGAGCUCGACCACAGCUUCGCCCUCGCCAAUUCCACCAACAGCAUCUCCCCCAAGGAAAGACCCAUCUCCAACAAGGACAUGUACCACUCACGACCAUCGCGCCGCCUACUCAUCUUCCAGGAAGCCCGCAACGUCAACGAGGUCGCCUACCUACCCGUCAACAAACUCGGUCUGCCCAUCUGCGGCCCGGGACCCGAGCUCCCCUCCAUCCUGGAACUACCGCUGCGGAUCCUGAGGGCCUUUACGGAGAUAUUCAACCAGCCCAAGUAUAAAGGGUGGGCGGUUGUGGCUGCGGGGCCGUACCAUGAUACCUCUGAAGAAGGGAAGUUUUAUGCCGUGGUGCUGGAGCAGAUGAAGGAGGAUGGUGUUUUGAUGAGGUAG